ACCACGUUGACCUCGAAGCGGAAGUAGACACGUGUGGUUUCAGGGGAUCACCCCGCAUGCUGUGCUGCUACGAGCCUAAUUCAGUUUCAGGAUCUGAAGUUAACCCCCUUCUUCUUCACCAUGGCUGUGAGAGCUUCAUUUGAGAAAAACAACGACAUCGGCUGCUUCGCUAAACUCACCAACACAUUCUGCCUGGUGGCAAUCGGUGGAUCAGAAAACUUCUACAGUGUGUUUGAAGGAGAAUUGUCUGAAACAAUCCCAGUGGUUCAUGCUUCCAUAGCAGGCUGUCGUAUCAUCGGGAGGAUGUGUGUGGGGAACCGUCAUGGCCUCCUGGUGCCCAACAAUACAACAGACCAGGAGCUGCAGCACAUCAGAAACUGUCUGCCAGACAUCGUGAGGAUCCAGAGAGUGGAGGAGAGGCUGUCUGCUCUCGGUAACGUCAUCGCCUGUAACGACUACGUAGCGCUUGUCCACCCCGACCUCGACAGGGAAACUGAAGAGAUCCUUGCAGACACUCUGAAGGUGGAGGUUUUCCGUCAGACAGUAGCAGAGCAGGUCCUAGUCGGCUCCUACUGCUCGUUUAGUAACCAGGGAGGCCUUGUCCACCCAAAGACAUCUAUAGAGGACCAGGAUGAGCUGUCGUCUCUGUUGCAGGUCCCAUUGGUGGCAGGCACAGUAAACCGGGGCAGUGAGGUCAUAGCGGCGGGGAUGGUGGUCAACGACUGGUGUGCGUUCUGCGGCCUGGACACGACCAGCACAGAACUGUCAGUCAUUGAGAGCGUCUUCAGACUGAGCGACACAGCACAGCCCUCCGCCAUCGCCACUAGCAUGAGAGACUCGUUGAUCGACAGCAUUGCAUAAAUCCCCUCUGCAGAGUCCUGCCGUCAAAGAGCUCUACUACAGAUCAUCUGGUCUCAAACAUGAAGUCAACAAGCUGCUGGACCUCAUUUCUCAACUUCCGACACCUCCCUCCUCCCCGUUCAGUUUACUCUCACUCACAAACCUCAGCUCCCACCUGCAGUUGCUUCACUGUAAUCAUUUUGUACCUUUUUAUAGCAUUUGAUUUAAUCUUAAACUAUUCUUCUGGUUCCAUUAAUCAUUUUUAAAAUCAGCUUUCUGCAAAAAAGAAAAACAAUCUUUCAGUGAGACCUCAUGGCUGCUGCAUGUACCACCUCCUCUGAGUCUGACUUGGGCCACUGGUGAUAAUACAGAAGAUUUUCAAAAGAAAGACUUUAAAAAGUUAUCGACAAAUAAAAGACAAAAGAGCUGCAGGGAAGGUGAAGGAAACUGUCUAUAAAGUGGAGGAAUCAGAUAUUUUAGGCCUUUGUUGCUUUGGUCAAUGUUUUUGAACCCAAACAGGUAGAAUUAACAUUUUCUUCCCUUUUGGAGAACAAAAGAUGCGAAGGCUGUGCGUAUGAGAUGAAAAAACAUUUAUAUUUGUGCCUGUGUCAUCAAAAAGUCUUUAUAGAGAGAAAAUAACUCUGUUUAAUGUGUGUGAACAUGGUGGGAAUUAUUAAAUACUUUGCUAAAACACUGUAUGGAAGCCCUAGGUGGACACAAAUCCCAACUUUUCAUUUAAGUACUGUCUGGUUAUUAUUGUAAAAUCUUGACUGUUUUAUCUCAUUUUGCUGGGACACAAAGCGAAAAGCAAACCCAAAUGCUCUUAACUUUUCUCUUGGUCUGGUUAAUCACAAUGAGCUGAGCAUUUUUGGUUUCCUGAAUCACUGACUCCUAAUUUAUGGUCUGGGAACCAUUGGGGGUCUUUACAAGUGCACGAGUGGCUGAAGCUUUGUCUGUUCUGACGGUUGUCAAAUUGGAUUCGUGAAAUCAUGAUAAAACACUCAGUAAAUACUCACGACAAAGAUCUUCUGUUAGGAAGAGCAUGUGUAGACCUAGUUUCUGGUGGUUUUAUCAAUAAAACAAUUAAAUUGACAUUGAUUUUUGACAGCAGUGUAUCACUUUUUUCAGGUUGGUCUUUGGGGGGGCGCAGCUUUUCUUAUGCACCAGUAGUGGGGUCCCCAAGGGAAAAAGAGGUUGAGAAACACAGCUCUAGAUCAGAGGUUUCCAUGCUUUCCACAGCCUCCAAAAACAACAGUGCUAGAGACUGGGCACCACAAAUGUACCUGGAAGAUGUUAAGGCAUAUAUACAGCCAAGAAUAAACCUGUGCAGACUUGUGUUAAUA